UAUUGACGUCAAAAAAGGCAGGCUCGCCUCCUUCCGGGUUCUCUGUCGUUGCUAUGGCGACCCUUCCAAACAACGUCAAGCGAAGUUAGUUCAGUUCUUACAUGACCGCUGUCAUGUCGGCCCCUCCGGAGCGUAACCGCGACGCUCCCGUCGACGUCCUAACCGUGUUCAGCGGCUCCUCCCCGGAGGACGUGGCCCACGCCCGGCAGCUGUGGAGCUCCUUGUGCAUGCCGACGCCGCUCGAGUCCCGCCUGGUGUCGGCGGACAUCCCGCAGAGGUUGCCCGUGUCCCGGCCGGAGCGAAGCGUCCACUCGCGGCCGCCUCCGCCUCGCGGCGAGCAGCCCGAGCAGCGGGAGGACGAGCGGCAGCGGUACUUGUCCGUGGCGGCCCAGAGGAAGGAGACGUUGGCCCUGCUCCGGCGGCAGAGGGAGCAGAGGAUCCAGAAGGAGCUGCUCUCCUCGGCCUUCAAACCCAAAGCGCCCAAAGAGAAGACGAGCGACUUGAACGCGGAAAGGGAGAUGGUCAGGCUACUGGACUGAACCGAACCGCGCUGGUUAGAGGCCCUGAACGCAUCGAAUACCUCGUGGCCCUGCCCUGAACUCACGAGAAGAAGACGCGAGCGCAUAGAAAUACCGAGGCCCCUUCAACGCACCAUGCGACGAUCAUGCCGGGUGUCAAAGUCAACGCAUCGCAGUCGUCUACAGGAAUAUGCGGAGGUCCUGUUUGCGCCGUACGACACUUUUCUCUUGUAAUUCCGUACUACGCUGAAAACUCGUGAACGCACCGUACGAGAUCCCUACAGGACUUGAACGCACCAUAAAACGCUAUUCUACUGUAAUACCUCGAGGCCACGAAUCCAACAGACGACACGAAAGUCAAAUACGUUUGAGGCUCUGAACGCAACAUAUGGGAUACAUACAGUCCCUGAAUGCAUCAUACAACACUAUUAUAGAAUACCGAGAGACCCCGAAUGCACCAUAUGACACUAGUCCACAAGAAUACCUUGAGGCCCUGGACACACCAUACAGCACUCGUCUCCAGGAAUACCCAGAGGCCCCAAAUGCACCAUACGAUGAAUAAUCUAAAACAAAAGACGUUUUAUAAAUGAUGAGUUAAUAUAUUGAAUUAGAUGAUUUGACUUUAAAAGGCAAAAUAUCACAGAGAUGAUCAAUAUAAAGAAGAAAAAGGGGAAUGGGAAGCUUAGCAUCAUUGUAUUGAACAGCAAAGGAAGAUGUCAUCACUUUCAAAUCUUUGAAGGAGACUAAGAAUUCCCCCUGUAAGUGGAUAUCACUCCAACAACUCAAAUGGAGGUUUGAAGAGAAAACGUGAUUUAUUCAGAGAACUUAAAUGUCAAUGUGGAACAGUACGAACGAAAUAUUUAGGCCGUAAACAACACACACACAAACCUUUAUGACUGUCUGCUACCAUUGAAUAUGAAAAUGAACCUUUAUACUUGAUUGAAGACAUCAAUAAACGUUUUCCUAUUGAACUUGUGGCCCGUUAUGACGACAGCACUCGAAUGCCUCACAAUGUUCCUUUUCUACCUCGUGUAUUCUCUCUUAUUUAGUCAAAGUGAGCGUGAUUUCUGGCUGGAUUAACCUAAAUUGAAACUUCCGGAUUGCACCAUAGUAAACAGCAUAGUACACUAGUAGCCCAUUUAUAAGGAACUCUUGUGUUCCUGGCAUGAGCCUACGUGACUUGGAUCUUGUUGCCAUAAUAGGAUAAGACGUGACUGACUUGACUGUUGACUCGAGCUGGUCGAGCUUCCCCCGACACUUCGGACUUUUCCAGUCCUGAAUCAUCCGACGCCCAAAGUUGGUGAGGAGAAAGUUCCCAAACAAAGCAUCUGAGCCAUUUUCCAAUUCCAGGGUGAUUCUUCGGCUAAGAAGACGCUCACGUGGUGGAAAAAGUCCAAAUAUGCCCUGAAUUCCUCCAACGUGCUCAUGUGACAAUGUCCACUUUUAAGAUGCUCUAAUUUUAAACAGCGGUGGAAUGUAACGAGUACAAUAAGUACUUCAUUACUGUACUUCAAUAGCUUUUUUUAUGAUGACUUUUCUACUUGUGCUCCCUUCCUUUGAAAACAGAUGUGUGUACUUUCUCCUCCGUACUUUUCUGAAGGAGGCUUGUUACUUUUUUCAACCUCUGCUUCACAGUUCUGUGGACGUGGGUUCAAUUGGGUGUGAAUUGAUGAAACCGGUGUCAGGGACAAUUUUUUUUUCUUUUCUUUUACUUUCCAUACUGCACAAUGAAAUGUUUGUUUGUUUGUUUGUUUGACCAAUGGCUGACUUCCUGUUCAAUUUCGUUCACGGGUCCUUGUGACUUGUUUGUGCGUCGUUUCAUGUCCACCCAAUUCGCUGUGGAUGUGUGAAACUAGUGUCCGUGGAUAUUUUUUUCAAGGCGGCAACGCCUUGCGUUAAUAAA